AUGAAUGAAAAUAAUAUGUAUGAACAAACAGGUUAUUCACAAUCAUCUCCAUAUGGUAAUAAAGAAGAAGAAAAUAUGUAUAGAUAUGCUUCAAGUCGUUUAACUGGUCGAUCAUCACAUCCAACUGAGAAAUCAGCAUCAUUGCAAACAGGUACCGUACAAAGUCCGUACACAGUUGAAUCAGCAAAUGUUGGUACUAAUAAUAAUCAUACUCAAGUACCUUAUCAACAACAACAAACAUCAUUCCAUGCUCCUUCGAUUCAUUCUCAAAGUUCAGUAUCCUAUCAAUCUAAUCAACAUCAACAGAAUAGUACAUUACAACCAAAUCAUGCCUUAACAAAUGUAGCUAACCGAAUAGUAACUAAUGCUGAACUCUAUCAUAAUCUUAAUUUAAUAGAUUUUCGACAACAACAAUAUCUAUCUCAUCCAUCAAAUAUGGCUAAUACUGAUAUAUUUAUGCCUUCUUCUGACACGGCCGAUCCCGCAUCUUAUUAUAAUCAAUAUGAUACAAAUAAUCAAUCGUAUCAAAAUUCACCUCAAGAACAAUAUCCAACAUAUGAUCAACAACCUCCUUUAUUUCAACAACAAAAUACUAAUCCAUUUAUUAAUCAACAUACUAUAUCAAAUCAACAAACUACUACUAACAAUGGCGAACAAUACUUCACAGAUCCUAAUCAUAAUCAAGGAAGAACAGUACUAUCAAAUACUCAACAACAAGAUCAAGAUAAUAAGACAAAUGGUAAACUACCUGGUCAACAAUCAUCACAAAAACUUCCUUAUCGUCCAGUAACUCUAUCAAAACCUAAUUAUGUCGAAAAAAAUAUUGGAAUGAUUAAAAAUAAAGAAAAUUUUUAUCAUCGUUAUCCAGCUCGAAAAUAUGAAGAGACCUAUGCAAAACGAAAAGAUCUUCAAGGUGGAAACAGUUAUGACCAUGGCAAUUCUCAAAUACAACUAUCAAGUAAUAAUUCACAUCAAUUAACGAUACCUUUAACAUUUCGUUUAAAUAUAGGUGAAAAUACACAAAAUGAGUCUAUACCUGCAACAGGCAAUAUUCCAUACGAUAAUCAUAAUGGAGACAAUGUUUCAGUAGAUAUUAAUUUACGAGUCGUCGAUAGACAAAAUUCUCAACAACAACAGCAUGGAUCUGAUCAUCCAAAUUGGUCUGGUUCAGAUGCAUUAGAAAGACAUAUUCGAAAAAUGGAACGUAGUCUUGAUCAAUAUUUGCCAACAACACAUUUACCUCAACGAAAUCCAAUAUUAAUAACUACAAGUCCUAAUCUACCAACAGGUCGAUACGGAGCAGCAAGAACAGGAAUGCUUUAUAAUGGAUAUAAUCCACCAAACUACGCAAAAGAUAUUUAUAAUUAUAGUGAUAAAGGGCAAGAAGAAGAUUCAUAUUUAGCAAAAAUGCAUUCGAAAAGACAUACAGAUUUUAAACCAUAUUCUACUCGUGAUUAUGAUCGAUUUAAAAAGAAUUAUGGUUUUGGUACUGGUCAUCUAGGUUUUGAUUCAGAAAAUACUACCUAUAAAGAAAAAACAGAAAAGAUGGCUAAAAUAAAAGAAUAUUCACAACAAAUUGAAGCCAGAAAUAAGAAAAUGACAUCACAAGCUUCUUAUCGUACAACAUCUGAAACACGAUCUUCAACAGAAGAAUUGAAAUCAUCACGAUUCUUUGAAAGUCCUCAACUAUCAAAACGUUCUGUGCGAUCCUUGAAUAAAUCUACUCAUUCUUCGCCUGUUUCUAUGACUGAAUUAGUACCAUUACCAUCUUCUCGUCGUUCAACUGACGUUUCUAGUAGACCAUCACCUGCUCAUCGUGCAACUGAAGUUGUUCAUCACUUACCAUCACCACGUCGUCCAAUUGAAAGUAUGCCACAUUCACCACCAUCUCGUCGUGUAACAGAAAUUGUUUCUCAAUCACCACGACCUCGCCGUAGAACAGACACUAUUUCCUAUUCGCCACGAUCUCGUCGUGGAACGGAAACUGUUUCUAAUUCAUCUUCAACUCGUCGUCCAGUUAAACUGAAUACUCCAUCAUCAUCAGCAGCAAGUCAUCCAAGUGAAGUUAAUUCUCAACCAUCACCUGCUCCAAGACAACGAAUAAAAAUUCCACAGCAUGAUGAUCAUGAAGUUGUUGAAAGUGUUCGUAGACAUGAAGACCGGAAUAUAACUCCAGUACAACGCGUUGUAAAUCCACCAAAAAAACGACGAGAACAAAAUGAUGAAACUGACAGUCAGUAUGUUAGUAGUGUUGAUAAUCCACUAUCGAAUAGACCAAGUCCACAACGUUUAUCACCAGUAAAACUUUCAUCUCCGGCUGGUCGUCUAAAUAGUGAUAGUAGUAGUAAACGACGACCGAUACGAUUCGAUGAUGCUCCUUUAUCUCCUGAUCGAACAUUAUCAUCGUCGCCACAAAAAAAUCAACCUGUUCAACAUCAUAAACGAAAAUCAAGUAUUGAUCAACAAUCAGAAACGUCACACACUCAAGAAGAUAAUAUAAUGAAAGUAAUACGUGAUGAAUUAAGUGAACGACCAUUACAAAAAAAUGAAGAAUUGGUUAUAGUUGCAAAAUAA